AUGCCGGUACACCCCGAAACCCCCACCUUUUCGAAGCUUUCUCCUGGACUCCGCAUCGUCGGCGGCAGGCGAAAUCGGGAGAAAGGAGCAGCAAUGAUCAAGAAUCUCGGGGAAAAAUCUGAGUUUGUUGAGGUUGAUAUUAAUAAUGUGGAAAAAAUAAAGGCUGCUUUACAAGGAAAUUAUUAUCAGAGCAACGAAAACAAUGAUGUUACUAUCAACAAUGAUGGACAGUUUUUUGCUGAUAAUCCUCAACUCCAAUCCUCUGACUAUCUUCCGAGACUUGGCGUAGAGAGUGCUAAACGUGAAAGUAAACUUGGGUUGAAGCUGACCAAGACACCAUCAUUGGUGAAUUUGCUAAGUAAUGCUCUUCCAACGGAAAAGCUCAAGGCUGCUAAUUUUCCUGCUAUGUCUCUCCACAUUGGCCCUUGGAUGAGAGUCUCAAGGCAUGAAGGAGAAUUGAUAGCCAAGUGCUACUUCAAAAAACGGCAAUUAGUUUGGGAAGUUUUAAAUGGCAACUUGAAGAGCAAGAUUGAGUUUCAAUGGUCUAACAUUGCAGCCAUUAACGCUACGUUUGAUGCUGAUGGCGGUCCAGCAGUUCUUGAUGUCAUGUUGGAAAAGCCUCCUUUGUUCUUCCGCGAAAUCAAGCCACAACCUAGAAAGCAUACGAAUUGGGAACAAUCUGAAGAUUUCACAGAUAAACAAGCUUCUUUGAUAAGGAAACAUAAACUUGUAUUUGCCCCUGGAAUCUUGGAAAAGCAUUACUUCAAAAUUAUACAAGCUGACUCUAAGUUGCAUCAUAUAAGCCAACAACCUUUCCCAUAUCAAGCUAGUAUAUACUUCAACGAAAUUCACUUCUCAAACCAGCUUUGCUACAAUAAUCUCCCUGCCGCUAUUCCUCCACAAAUUCCUACAAAUCAUCCUUCAGUUAUGGAUUUUGCAAGCCAUACCACAAGUGCAAAUUAUCCAAUUCAUCAAGAUCUUUCACCCAACAACAAUGAUCUUCAAUUCGCAAUUUCAUCAUCUAUGAGCCAAGAGAGUAGUGCACGUUUUCAGCAAGCCGGGUUAGCAUAUCCAUAUAUAAAUGAUAUUCCCGUGACAAAUGAUGUAGAAUUAAAUCCAUUAGGUUAUCUGCUACCAUUUGAUUGUCUACAACCAAUGGAUGCAGUAGAGAGUUGUCUUCAGUACAUGGGAGAUUCGUCUCAUCAUUCAAGUUACGACUAUGAGGAUAGCAUUGCUGAUCAGCAUCAAUCAAUAAGCCAUGAAUAUCAAAGUCAUCAACAUUACGAUUUUCAUAAUUACAAUCAAGAGGACAUCAAUGGCUUAAGAUGAUUAAUACUCCCUCCGUAUUUUAUUACUUGCUCCACUUUUCUUUUGCGACCGUAUUUAAUAUUUUGCUCCAUUUCCUUUUUUGGAAACUUAUAACAAUAUUUCAUCAUUUUGAACUAUCCUGCAAUGCAUUAAAUUACAUGCAUAUGCUAUGGUAGAUCAGGUUUGGAGCUAGGGAAAUCUUUGAAGUAGCUAAACACUAUUUGAAUAAGAAGUGUGAGAAAUUAUGUACUCCCUCCACCCGAGGUUAUCUGCAACAUUUGUCAAAAAAGGGUGCUUUGUAUUAUUUGCAACAAAUUUUUUUCUUUCCUUUUUGGGUAAUAUUUAACUAUUAAUUACCCCCUAUUACCCACUUUUUUGGUUAGUGGUGACAAAAUACCUGAGUCCGAAUUGCGAACUGGUGCAGUCCGAUGCCGGAAACUUCACCACCACCACUACCUCCGCCGAAUCCGUCAUCGCCGUCCAUCACUUUUUCUUUCCUCUUUUUCUCUUACUUAAGUCGAAUUCAAAAGGGCAAACAUAUUUAGAGAAAAUUAGCUCAAUUUAUUAUAGAUUAGAGAUAUUUAUUGUAAAAGAUAUAUUUACGGAUUACACACACACAAAAAAAAAAAAAAAAAAAAAAAAAAAAAAAAAAAAAAAA